AAACAUAAACACUUGUUCUCAGGGUGUUCAAUUCUUCCUCUCUCUUUUUCUCUGUCUUUCUUCUCAGAACUGAGACUCUCUCUUUUCUGAAUUUUUCCAACAAAUUUCUCCCAGAUAGUUAGGAAAAAUGGAGAAGUUGAGAUGUUGGGGCCGCUCCCUUGAGAGCUCCAAACCUUACAUUGCAAUGAUUUCAUUGCAGUUCGGCUAUGCAGGCAUGAAUAUUAUCACCAAAGUUUCACUAAACAGAGGCAUGAGCCACUAUGUCCUGGUGGUCUACCGGCAUGCUUUUGCAACCGCAGCCAUAGCUCCCUUUGCUUUGAUUUUCGAAAGGAGAGGGCAACCAAAGAUAACAUUCCCAGUUUUCAUGCAAAUAUUCAUUCUGGCUCUUCUGGGGCCGGUGAUUGAUCAGAACUUCUACUAUGCUGGGUUGAAAUAUACAUCUCCAACUUUCUCAUGUGCUAUGAGCAAUAUGCUUCCUGCAAUGACAUUUGUCAUGGCUGUUAUGUGCCGGAUGGAGAAGAUUGAUGUAAAGAAAGUGAGGUGUCAGGCAAAGAUAGUGGGAACAUUGGUGACAGUGGCAGGGGCAAUGUUGAUGACAUUAUAUAAAGGACCCAUUGUUGAUUUCUUUUGGAGUAAGACUAUCCAUCCUGGGCAGUCUAACGGCACUGACACUGCUGGAACUACUGACAAAGAUUGGGUCAAAGGCUCCAUCCUCCUUAUCAUUGCCACCCUUGCCUGGGCUUCCCUCUUUGUCUUACAGGCAAAAGCAUUGAAGACAUACAAGAAUCAUCAGCUUUCUCUCACAUCACUAGUGUGCUUUGUGGGCACUCUACAAGCUAUUGUUGUGACAUUUGUGAUGGAGCACAAGACCUCAGCUUGGCAAAUUGGCUGGGACAUAAACCUCCUUGCUGCUGCCUAUGCUGGAAUUGUCACAUCAGGCAUAUCAUACUAUGUUCAAGGAAUGGUGAUAAAGAAAAGAGGUCCAGUAUUUGCCACUGCUUUUAGCCCUCUGAUGAUGAUCAUAGUUGCAAUCAUGGGUUCAUUCAUCCUGGCAGAGAAGAUUUUUCUUGGAGGGGUGAUAGGAGCAAUCUUGAUAGUUAUAGGGCUUUAUUCAGUCCUCUGGGGAAAGCACAAGGAAAACAAGGAGAAAGAGGUUAAUGAGGAAGAGAUCCCUGAACCAGUUAAGAUCCAAGCAAAUGGCAACACAAUCCUAGUAAUUGAAGAUAUAGAAGCCAGUGAAGUUGAAUUGAAAAAAUUAGCAGAAGCAAACAAGCUGUCAGCAGUUGCCAUUGCCAUGCCCAUGCCAGAAUCCCCCAUGAAAGCCAACCAAGACCAAACAUCAUUCAAAGUUUAGUUCUACCAUUAAGGGAUGGGGUUUUUUGUCUUUACAUCCCCAUUUGUUUCUAUCAUUUUUAAAAGGUGUUAGAUAUAUGUCAUAAUUGGGCCUUUUUCUUCUUUUUCUUUUUGAUGUUUUGGUAUUAUAAAGUAAUGUUGUAAGCUAAUGCUGUUAGGGACCCUUGCACUGAAUGAAAAUGAGAGAAUCCCAGAAUCCCUUUCUCUUUUUUUCUCAGAA